AUGCUCAUUCCAUCCCGGCUUGAACAAGUGUUUGGAAUUGCCAUUGAUCAUGGCAUUUCAGCGUCGUUUUUGCGUAUGCUGCGUGCUGCGAAAAAACAUGCGGCAUCGAUACCCGCGCCGAUUCAGCCGUCGGCUGCUGAAUGGAAGAACUUCUUGGAGGAAAGCCUUGCUGAGGGUGUCGAGUCUAUGAUCGAUGUGUAUGACGAAUUGCGGACUGGAAUCGAACAGGUCAUCUAUGCGAGCAGCAGGACUGAGCAACAGUUGGUUGAGAAGGGCGUCCAAAAAAUCCGUGAGCUAAGCCGCAAUGCCUUGGCAGCAUUCUACGACCUAAUGGAACAAGCUGAAUUUCAGCGAACGUACUAUGACUACCUCGGCUGGGAUUUGGCUAUCAAGCGUCGUGGACAAGAGUUCCGUGCUGACACACACAAAGAACUAGGCGCUCUUUCGUCGAAUGGCGAACCUCUCUCGGGCGAGCCAGACAUGCUUGGUCCUGAUCUUGACGAGGAAGUUGCCGAACUACAACCAAGCGUGAUCGAAUUGUUCAAACGUGCCGAGACGAGCUUUGAACUCUUGGCACGCCAGUUGAUGGACAAUCCAAGCUACGUGUUAGAUAAGAAUCACUAUGCGACUUUCUUGCUGCAGGUGCAUGGCCAUUUGGAUGAUCUUUCCGCUUUUGGUCGAGAAAUCUUGGUGAACUCCACGCUCCGUCUUCGUGAUGACAUUGUGCGUGCACGCGAGUCUAUGGGCAUGCCACGCCUACCUGAUGAUGGCCUCCUGCGCGAUGUGGCUAAUAUGCCUGUACCUCCUGAGCUGCAGCGUCGUCGCAUUAGUACGCCAGCAAGUGAACCGGCGCAAGCAACAGGUCCUACAUCGUCAAUGCCAGAAGAUCAUACAUCCUCGGCCUGGCCAGCAGCAGACGAGCAAAUGGCCUCGGUUUUGCCAGUGGGAGAUAUCUCGGUUAACGUCGUGGACGAGGGCCUACCUCCGUCUUCGGAAGAGGCUAGCAGUGCAACGCCAAUCUUGUCCCCUGAUGCCACGAUUGAAGAAGCAGCGACACCUGCGUCUCAUACUGAAACUGGUUCUGGCAUUAGUGCUUCUAAUGUUAGCGCUUCGACCGACCCGAAUGUCCUGUCGACGAACGCUGCUGCUGUGCCAACAACGGAGAUACUACCGCAUUCCGACCUAUCCUCGUCGAGCAUGGACACCGUAUCCAUUUCCAACUCACCCUCGCAAGCGGUAGACCCCUUGGAUCAGGCUUCGGCGUCAUCUGUUGACACGAAUCUUUCCGUGACGUCGUCGAUCAACCCUGAACCCACGAGAUUGAUCCCAUCUCAUCGAGUUUCUCAGGACUCGGUUCCCUUGUCGAGUGUGUCUGACUCCACGCAAGCGUCGCUUCGUUCUUCUAGUUCGAUCAAUACUGAAUCGGAAGAGACCCCAAAUGUCACCCUCGGCUUAGAAGCAUCCUUUGUACCUACAGGGUCAAGUUCUCAAUUGACAACUGCUUUUGGCUCAUCUGAGCACAUGCCUGUGUCGUCAAGUCCCCACACCAUGGUGCGUGGAGUACGAUCGUCUGUGCGCGAGUCGAAACCCGAGUCUAGUUUCGUUUCAUUUGGUACAUAUCGCCAUUCUGAGUUGUAG